AUGACCCGCCUCCUCCUGGCCGCGCUCGCGGCCUCCGCGGCGGUGUUCAGUGCUGAUGAAGCUUCGGCAGGAUUUAUGCCUCCAGCUGAUGGGAAGGGUAAGGCAAUGUUUGUUGCCAUGGAGAAGAGCCCUCCUGCCAUCCAGGAAGUCUGCCAAACCAUUCCGGUGCAAGUCGAUUCAGUUUGCUUCGAAAAUGUGCCUUUUAAGGAAGCGUAUGUCUGCCCCCAAAUGGUAGAAAAAGAGAUUUGCGACAGGGUCCCUGUAGAAGUUCCCGAUACAUGCUAUAAGCCAACAAACGCCCUGGAGGCCUAUGACUGCAAGAGGGAGGUGAGGAAGGAAGAGUGCAAGAUGGUGCCCAAGCAGUGCUUCAAGACCGUAACCGAGAACGAAGAUUAUGGCUGCGAAGAGGAGCAGUGUGAGACAGUGGUAAAGAAAGUACCGCAGACUUGUUUUAAGAAGAGAAACAGCAAGGAGAACUACCCAUGCAUGAAACACAAGAAGCAGAAGGUCUGCCACGACGUACCCCAAGAGUAUGAAAGCACAUGCUUUAAAGAGGAACCGCAGCAGGAGUUGGUGCCAUGCGUCGGAAAGGAGGAAGAAGUCAAUGCCCUGAGCUUUGAAGAGCAGUGCACCAUGGCUCCCCAGCAGGUUGAAAGCACUUGCGAGAGAGAGGUCAUGGCCGAGCAGGAAUACGAGUGCACAAAGAAGGAGGUACGCAAGGACUGCCAAGUGGUGCCUCAAAAAGUGACGGAGAUGUGCGAGGAAGUCGUCGAGGAGCAGAGACCGUACAAAUGCAAAAAGAAGCAGCUGACUCAGAAAUGCAAGAUGGAAAAUGUGUCUGUUCCCGCGACCUGCGAAAAGAAAAAGGGAGAUAAAGUUGAAUUUUACGAUUGCGAGAAAAAGGUAAGGCAGGAAGUGUGCAAGGACGUGGAAGAGACUUUCGAGACUGUUUGCUACCAGCUCGUAUCCUCUAAACAGCAGGUGCCAUGCCAAAAAGAUAAAAUGGCAGAGGUCUGUGUGGACAAGGAGGUAGAAGUAGCGAGCACUUGCCUCCGGCAAGUCCCCGUCACAGAACCGUAUCCAUGUGUAAAGGUAGCUGACGCACCACAGUGCAGAAAGGUAGCAAUGUGCGCCCGCUUCAACGUCCAGAAAAGAGCUUAUCCAUGCAUGGAAACCAAGAUGAAACAGGAAUGCCACGUGGAGGAGGUACCUUACGAAGACACUUGCACACGUCAAUUCACCGAGGAGCAGCCCUAUGACUGCAGCAAGGAAGUCAAGGAGAAAGAGUGCAAAAUGGUGCCUAAACUGUGUAAGAGGAAGGUAUCACGUGACGUGGCAUUUGAGUGCAGCGAGAGAAUCUGCGAGAGGGUCAUGGUACCACAGCAAUGCUACAAGAAGGUCAAGGGGAAGGAAGCAUACCCGUGCACGCGCACGGAAUACCAGGAGAAGUGCCACAUGCAGCCCCAGCUCAUGAGCAAGACUUGCUACAGCCAAGGCAUGAAACCACAGCAGUACCCCUGCAAGGAAACUAAAUAUGAGACUAUCUGCAAGCAGGUGAUGGCAAAGGCUUCUUUUGUCAUGCCUGCCGCUGUGAGGGUUCCUAUCGACACUGGGAAGGACAAAAAGAAAAAGAAGCAAUAG